CAGGCCAUCAAAGAGAAGGAGCGGUCACGUGACCUGGUGGCUGCCAGUUCUUACUGUGAGCAGAUGGCGGUGGAGCUGACGGCGAUAGCCUCAAACGUGAGCAGUGCCAGGAAACUGCUCAAGUCGUUGGACCCUCACGGUGUCUCCUUCUUGGACGUGUUGAUAGAUAUGGAGCAGAAGGAGGUAAUGGCUCAUCCAGCCGUCCAGAAGUACCUCUCUGACGUGUGGAUGGGGGACAUUCGCUGGGCCAGCUGGAAGAUCAUCAUGUUGUUCUUCACCUUCCUGCUUAUCCCUCCUGUCUGGAUCGUCUUCUCCUUGCCAGUCAGACAUCAGUUCAACAAGGUUCCGAUCGUUAAGUUCAUGACAUACCUGGUGUCUCACUUCUACCUGAUGUUGUUGUUCUUCUUCACCAUCGUUGUUCCCCUGGUGCCCAUCUACCAGUCCACCAACCUUAUUCCGCACUGGUACGAGUGGCUACUGCUGGCCUGGCUCUCUGGCCUACUGGUCACGGAACUGACCAAUCCUGGAGACAGGAACGGCUUAGGCUGGAUCAAAAUUGUCAAUCUGGGUAUUUGCGCGGUUGGUACAGGUUUCGUCCAGUCUCCCUCCCUCAAUCCCAUCGACACGUUCGAGUUCCUUUUCUUCGCGCUCUUCGGCCUCACAGACCCAGAGAGUUUCCCGCCCCUGGACCGCAGCCCUUACUGGACGAUAGUGCUGAUGAAGAUUGUAUUUGGUACCUACAUGAUGAUCACAUUCAUCGUUCUCAUCAACCUACUUAUUGCCAUGAUGUCAGAUACUUAUCAGCGUAUCCAGCAACAGUCUGACGUGGAGUGGAAGUUUGGACGAGCGAAACUGAUCAGAAACAUGAACAAAACCUCCGCCACCCCCGCCCCUCUCAACCUGUUCACAAAACCCAUCUUCUACCUCAAGAUGGCCUGGAAACUCAAAUGCAAGCUGUGGAGCCCCAUGGCCAGCACGUACGUCCACGAGGAGGACCAGGACACGAUGUCCGAGAGCCGCUCUCUGGACAACUUCGGCAGCUCCGCCCACAGACUGUGGAAGAGGAAGAGUACAGUGGAGCCCGCUGGCGACAUGGGGCUAG